CGUUCCAGCACGGUGGACAGCGAGCGCUCCACACGCCGCAGUGGCAAAUGCGCGGGUUCAACCGGUGGCUUCCCGGUGCGCGGCGUGGAGGGGCGCGACAUGCAUUUAUUGCCCACGUGGGACACGCCAGUCGCUUUUCGGCUCACUUUUUUGUUCUAGGCUUUUGCGAUCCUCCAUCGCGUGGGUAGGCGUGCCGCCGGAUGAGCGCUCGACCGAGCGGAGCGUGAGGCGAGCGGACCGCUGUGGUGGCGCUGCCGGUGCCUGCGAGAGAGCCUCCGUGAUUUUAAGGAUGCUGUGGGGAAAUGCCUGGAGACAGAGAUGACGAGAUUUGUCAAAAGGCACUUGAACUCCUCUCCGAUCUUUGUUCCAAAGGGGAAGUGCAGAGCGAGAACUGCCUGGAUUUCAUAUACUAUUUCCGCGAUCUGGCCAGGCCACGCUACACGGACUCAGAUGUGUCGGUGAGUCUGCUGUCACUAGUCGUGACAGCCUGCGGUUUGGCUCUGUUUGGGGUCUCCCUCUUUGUGUCAUGGAAGCUCUGCUGGAUCCCAUGGAGGGAGCGCGGUCUCUCCCCCACAACCAAGGAGCCCCACGGCGGGCACCUCAACCCGGCCAUGAGCCCUUUGCCCUCACAACCAGUCCAGAGGCAGCCAGUUUACACGGCCGUGGACCCCCCGGCCCACACCCGCCGUGAGUCGUCCCACUGCUCAAUAGCCAAGGAGCCAACUCCUAUGGCCUCGGUUGUAUCAGUGGAGGCACCGGUAACUCCUGUAUCCCCCCCUCCUGUCGCCCUGGCGCCACCGGAGGCAGCCAUGAAGAUCAGUCACACGUCUCCAGACAUUCCGCUCGACGCCCAGGAAAAAAGUCGGGAAAAUGGGGUUCAUACAAACCCUCGGAUUCAGAGACAGACAACGGAACCCUCACCCUCUGGGCACUCCAUGUCAGAAAUUGGACAGAGCUCGAUACGCCGGCAUAUGAACCUGUCGAAUCCCGACUUUAACGUGGCUCAGUUCCAAAGGCAGGAUUCGCUCACUGGAAUGGGACUGGGCCUCGGACGCCUCAAACCCGAGCUCUACAAGCAACGUUCGCUGGAAGGGGAAGAUGGAAGUUACAGAGGCGGCGGAUGUGGGUGCCUCCACUUCAUCCUGAAGUUUGACUGUGAUCUGGAGCAGCUGAUUGUAAAGAUCCACAGAGCAGAGGACCUCCCAGCCAAGGAUUUCUCUGGAACCUCUGACCCUUACGUCAAGAUCUACCUGCUACCUGAUCGGAUGACCAAGCAUCAGACCAAGGUGCACCGCAAAACCUUAAACCCUGUGUUUGAUGAGGUUUUCCUGUUUCCUGUGGCCUACUCAGAGCUUCCCAUGCGUAAGCUGCACUUCAGCGUCUAUGACUUUGACCGAUUUUCACGCCAUGACAUUAUCGGCCAAGUGGUUGUGGACAACUUCCUGGAUCUGGCAGAUUUCCCCCGAGAGACGAAACUCUGCCGGGAAAUCAAAUAUGUGUCCACGGAUAACGUGGACCUGGGUGAUCUCAUGUUUUCUCUGUGUUACUUACCAACUGCCGGGAGACUGACCAUAACAAUGAUAAAGGCUCGAAAUCUGAAGGCCAUGGACAUCACAGGUGCAUCAGACCCAUAUGUAAAGGUUUCGCUCAUGUGUGACGGUCGCAGACUGAAGAAGCGAAAGACCUCCACAAAGAGGAACACUUUGAAUCCCGUCUACAACGAGGCCAUUGUUUUCGAUGUCCCCCCUGAAAACAUAGAGCAAAUCAGCCUUUUGAUUGCAGUGAUGGAUUAUGACCGAGUCGGUCAUAAUGAAGUCAUUGGAGUGUGCCGGGUUGGCAAUGAUGCAGACAACCUCGGUCGGGACCACUGGAGUGAAAUGCUCACGUACCCCCGAAAACCUGUCGCGCACUGGCAUCCUCUUGUGGAGUACCAGGGGACCACAGGUAGUAGCCAGGGAGGAUCGUGUAACUCUCUGAAGGCACCUCCCUCUCCAUAACCCAGAAUAACAUUUUAUAUAACAUCUCGACAGGCCCUUGGCUCAGCCUUGCGCUGCUGCGGAUUACUGCGCACGCACAAUGAAGUGAAUAGCGCAGCCAUCCAAGAUAUUUCAGGAUGGAGAGAAACAACUGGAUCAGUUGCAUGUCGAAUGAUCACAUUGAUGGAGCUUUUUCUUUUCCAUGAGUAAAACGAGAGGAGUGCGCAGACACGCGACGUCCGUCGUCUUGGGUUAACACGUGAUUCACCGUUUUUACAUUGUCUCGUUACUCGUCUUUAUCUGAGGUGCGUCUGUAAUUGCACAAUGUACUUUACAACCAGUCAAACUGCCUUUCACUUUCAUUUGGUGGCGAUUGGUGCAUGAGGUCUUGCUCGUUGUGAUAUCUCGCCUUUAUUUGUUUCCCUCUACUUUGGGGUCUAUUGAUGUGUUGUUCUGAUUGUUGAAGUGCAGUGAAAGUUGAUUUUUCGAGAAAGUGUUUGUCAGUGAAGAAAAAAACAAAACAAAACAAAAAAAUAAUGUCAACAAAUAGGGUUGAAUAAAAGAAAAAAAUAGCAAUUGUUGAGCCGAUUUCACCAGCAGAGUUGUCCUAUUUUAAAACAAAUACAUUUGUACUUUUCAUUCGUUGACAAGCUAAGAGCCAAAUGUACUUAUUCUUCCCUUUGAUAAUCUUUGAAGAAUGCAAAGGAGUAUUAGACCCACGGUAAAAGAAAAAUAAGCAGUGACACAAAAGGGGGAAGAAAAAAAAUGUCAACAAAUGACAAAGUUGUUAUUUUGAUGAUGAAAAAAGUUCCAGCUCCAGCACUCCCACAACCCUUGAGGAUAAGCGACUUGGAAAAUGGACACGAAUCUUCAUUAAGACUUCGGAGAAUGUUUUGUCAAAAACCUGUUAGUCAUAACAGAAACAGAAACUGAUAUGUGUUGGGUCUCUGUGGUGAGCGUCAGUUGCUGCUGGUUUCAGACUGUUAUUUUUAGGUUUGUUGGGGAAUGAAAUGAAUGGAAAAUAAAUAAACAAGUAAAUAUAUAAAUUAAAACAAAUUUAUAUAUAUAUAUUCCCCACCGGCAUGGCAGAAAGUAGGAAUAAAAAAAUGGAGAUUAACCAUUAGAAAAGGCAUUGAAAACCAAUCCAUCACAAGUAUAGCCAUUUUCAGUAGCAGCACAUACGACUGUUUAGAAUCCAUGUGUGUACAGUGAAACCUUGAUAAAAGGGACCCCGACAUCACGCAUAUCGGAUAAAACGGACUGUCGGGACUGAACAAUAUGUCCAAAAAAUAUUUUCUGUUUGGCAUUUAAAUUGCAAUUGACAGAUGACAAAAAAAAUGGGACUGAUGUAUUUCUGGGUCACAUCUUUACAAUAAAAAAUAAAAAUGAAAAAAAAAUAAAGUUCCAUUUCCAAAAGAAGAGAGCGAGAGAGUGGCUUGGCAGGAAUGUGAACUCUGAGGAAUACAAAACACAAGUCUCUGGAGUCUAUUUUUUGGUAUGGUAACAUUUCUUUUUUGCCAAGCCAUUCAUCUUUGAUAACAGAUUUAGAACUAGGAAGCACACCAAUUCUUCGCAGUUCAUAAAAGUGACUCAUCUACGAUGAGUUCUCUGCAUCCACAAUCUCACCAUGCCCAAGCACACCUGCAUAGUAAAUUUGGAAUAAAGGUGAACUUUUCAAACAUUUUGAGGCUUUUAAAAUAUUUAUUUUAAAUAACUCAUUAGGUAUUUCAGGCCAUGAAAAAAAAAAGUACUGUACAGUAAUGUGGGUGGAUAUGGCCUUAAAAAAUGGAUGCAUGCCUCAAUGUUAUGGACAAUUGGCUGUAUCGAGCGACCCCCAACUCUCCUUUUUAUCUGCUCUCUGUUCUAUUAAGGUUUCACUGGAUAUGAAAUAAUAGAAGCUUUCUCCAAUUGGACAGCUGCUUGUAUAGUGAAUUUCCAAGAUUUAUUUAAUAACAAAAACCUGGAAACAUAUCACACAAUACACACUUAUAAAGCAUUCCCUUGCUGCGCGGCAUCAGAUGGAUUUCAGCCCUGGCAGAAGCAAUCAAAUGCGUUAGUCAUAAUUCAUCAAGAUUUUGUCAAACUCUUAAAUGACUAGCUUAUGAAGGACUUUGUGUUAUGAUUCUCUUUUGCAUGCAAUCAUGAAAUGUUUGAAGGUGAUCCUGUUGUAGGCCUGGAAAAUAAUAGCAGAUUUUUUUCCAUUGUAAUCAGUUCAAGGAUGACAUCAAACAUUCCAUUUUUUUCCCCAGUUUCUAGUCAUGUGGCCUAACAAAUGUUCUUUAAUUUACUUAAAAUGUUUUGGGAUUGCCACGUCUCUGUACCGUGCCUAUGUGGAUGUUACUUUUAGGCUAGUGCUGUUCUGUUUUCCCUGUUUAACAGUGAGCGGUUGCAAUAAAGCUUUGUAACUGCAAUCACACCUUGAAUGCAUUUCUAUUUACAGAGUACUCCUCUGAUUGCA